CUUCUGUACAGACGACAUGCCGCUCUAACUCGAAGGAAAAGGAAUAUCUUGUUUCCCAGCGGAGUCAAACUUUGCACCCAGGAGACGUUUGACCAGGCCAUCGCCAACCACCUCAGCUACUUUCACCUCAGAGUGUGUCAGGAGACGGUGUGGGAAGCCUUUAAGAUCUUCUGGGACCGGCUGCCAGAUCGGGAUGAGUACCAGGACUGGGUCAAUCGCUGCAUUGACGGCUCGAUCAGCGUCAUGGACAUCGGCAGCUUUUUCAGCCAAUCAGAAGAACACAUCAGUCUGAUCAGGAGUAGAGUUGCCAUGGCUACUGCGACAAACAGUGUGCCGGUCACAGCAGACCCGCCUCCGUGCAGCUCUGAAACAACGACCGUCCCAACCAGAGAAUCGGUGACCCGACCAGGAGGAGGAGUCAUCAUCAGAUCAGAGACAAUCACAAUGAACCUAGACGACCUUCCUCCAGGUCUUGACGUUACGACUUGGACCCCUCCAAUUUCUGUAUCCGAAGGUUCGGUUCUCAAGGCUUCAACAACCUGGACUGAGAUUCCUCUGGAUUUGACCUCUGAAUCUGCGGUUGCUGCCACGACAGAGAACAAUAAAGACGUUCAGGAGACCGGGGCCAGCAUCACUUCAGAAGGUCCAUCUUUAGUCAUCACUGACGUAGAGGUUCCUUCUGAGUCUGGAGAAGCAGAUGUUGAGACCAUUGCAGAGGAUACUGUGGAGGUUUCCACAGAGGUUUCUGUUAUCCACAGCCCCUUUAAUGGGGUUGUUGCAAAAGUUGGGGAGGAUAGAAUUGUCCCAGAUACAACAGAUGAGGCUGUAGCAGAAGAUGACAAAAUCCUUAAGAUCAUUCCUGAAGAUGUGGAUGUACCUCAUUCUGAAGUAAUUCAAGAAGUUAGCCCAGAAGGUGAAGAGCCACCGUCAGAGGUUAUGGUUAAAGAAGUCACUACAAAAAAAACAAACACUAUAACACCUGCUGUAGAGGCUGUCACACUGGAGGUAUUAGGGCAGGAAAUAUCUCCAGAGCCUGCUGAGGCUCCAUCAGAAACCAUGACGUUGCGUAUCCCAGAGACAACUGUCGAGAUCACUGAGGGCCCAGAAGUUGAAGACAUUACAGACAAUUCUUUGGAUAUCACCUCAGAUGUAGCCUUGACUGAUGAGUUUGUAGAGGAACCAGAGCCAGUCACUGAAAUAGUAUCAGAUGCACCUCAGUUAGCUUUUCCUGGAGUAUCUGAAGGUGAACCUGCAGAACAUCCUUCAGAGGCUGUUGUAGCAGUUAGCCAUGAUAAAACCGACGUGAGCACAAAUGCAACUCCGACUGUAGUUCUGAUAACAGAUUCAGAAGAAGAAGCUGAAGCAUUUAUAAAUGUGACUCCAGAGCAAGAAUCUGUUCCAGUCAUAAAAACUGAGGUUCCUUCAGAGGCUUCUAUUCUGACCACAACAGACAAGACAGAAGUUAGUGAGGACACCGGCGAGGGCAAAGCGCCAGAAGACGAACCAACAGUGAUGGCCAUGGUUACUUCUGAGCCUUUUGUAGUUAACUUACAAGAUGACAUGGAUGAAGAUGCUUCUUAUGUCACAGAGGAGGCACCACCAUAUACUACAGUUGGUGAGAUGGAGGCAACAGUUGACAGUACUACUGUGGAGGAAGUAAUAGUAUCAGAGGCAACCGAAAGGCCAAAAGAGGAGCUACAAGAAGAAAUCAACCAUGAAGAAGCUUCAGUUUUCACUGAAGAUAAGACGACUGCUGCUGAAGAGUCCACCGAGGCAGUAACCACAAAGACGGAUGUGAAAGAGCCGACUGAGACUGAUGAAACAGCAGAGGAAGAACUACCUGAGGAAACGGAGGAGGCAACGGUUACCGGAGAGGAUACCAUAGAAGCUCCAGUACAUGUCACAACAGACACAGCAGUAGAAGAAGAAGCAUUUGAAUCUACGAUAGAAACAGAACUAACUGGCGAAGAGCUAGUAAAGGUGGCCGACGAGGCUACAGGAGAACCAACUGAAGAUGGAGAAGAAAUAGCUCAGGCACCUACAGAACCUGUCGAGAAAGAAACCGCAGAUGUGACUGAAACUGUACAAGAACCAGAACCUAUAGAAGAAACUAUACAAGAACCAGAACCUAUAGAAGAAACUGUAGAAAUAGUAGAUCUGACAGGAGGUGCUGCACAAGAGACUGGACACAGAGGUCGACCAGAGCAGAAAGGAGAACUCAAAAAAGAAAUUAAAGAGGAGUCAACAAAACCCCCAGGGGUACCAGCACAAGGAGAACCUGAAGAAGAAACUGCUGAAGAGACAGAACCAACAGGUGUACCAGAGCAGGAAGUUGAACCUGUAGAAACAGAAGAACCAAAACAAGACGCAGAACAACAAAAUACAGAGGAGUCAGUAGAACCUAUAGGAGAACCAGCACAGGAAGUCCAACCUGUAGAACAACCCGCUGAAGAGACAGAACCUACAGGGGUACCAGAACAGGAAGUUCAACCUGUAGAAGCAGAAGAACCAAAACAAAAUACAGAACAGCAAAAUGCAGAGGAGUCAGCAGAACCCACAGGAGGAUCUGUACACGAAGCAGAACCUGAAGUGGUAACCUAUGACGAUAAAACUGAUCCCACCAUAACACAAGAAGAAGAAAGAGAAGAAGCCAUUUCUGAAGCCUCAGAGGAGAUAAUAGAGGAAGAAGUUGGUGUUGCCGAAUCAACAGAAGUUGAAGAGAAAAUUGUUCCAGAAAAUCUUGACUCUGAUGAAGAGGUCACUCCAGUUAUCACUGUUGUUCCAGAAGAUACAGAGACCUUAUCGCCUGGGACUGAAGUGGUGAAAACACCUGAAACAGAGGUAACACUGGAGCUCCCAGGAGACUCUGAGGUAGAAGUACCAUCAGAAACCACCAAGAAGAGUACUACACAGGUGGUUGAGCCUACAGUUCAAGUUAUAGACUCUGGAUCCUUUUCUGAACCUAAGAAAGAAGUCCCAGUCCCAGAGGCUCCAAGUGAAACAUCUCCAGAAGUUGUGACUAAUGCCCAUUCAGGUACUACUACAAUGGGAGGAACCACUGAAGCUGAGGAGGUCACCAAAGAGUUUUCACCAGAAGAAGAUGUCAUCUCAAGGGAGGACAGUGUUCAGGUUGUCCCAGGGGAAGUUGAGGGGGUUUCCUCUGAUGUUAGAACAGAAGAUGAAAUCAUGACAGAGGCUCCAGUAGAAAUCAUGUCUGAGUCUGAAACCGCUGUGGACGUCACCGCAGAGAGUACACAAGGUACUGUAGUAGAUGAGCCCACUCCCGGUGCCUCUUUGGAAGUCACGACCAAGUUCGUCAUGGAGUACAACAACGGCAACUUCCCCGAUCUAACAGAGAGGCCUUAUGAUGUAGAUGACAACUUACUUGGAAACAACGGCUUUGGGUUGGACAACGAGGAGGACAACUCGAUAGGUAAUGAGAUAGACGACACCUUGCUGUGGCCCCCGAGGUCCAUGAAGGACCAGGUGGUGGAGCUGAGCAUCAAGCUGAGAGAAGAAACCUACAACGACGAUCUGAGAGACCCGAGCAGUUUCCACUACCAGCAGCUGUCCAGACACUUCACACGCAGGAUUGAAGAUGCCUUUGUCAGGUUGCCGGGCUUCAAGAACGUCCACGUCGUGGAGUUCAGGCCUCAGAAGGACCUGGAGCGGGGUUUGGUGGUCCUGGUACACUACGGCAUCACUCUGGAGGUCGACAGCAGCGGCAUCACCAGCAACACGCUGGACUUCAUCUCUCUGCAGAACAACCUGGUGGAGAAGAAUUACCCCGGAGCCGGCGAGCAGCCCACCGUCGUCUAUACCAUCACCGACUUCAGAAACUACAUCACCGAGGCUCUGCACAAAGACAACUUCAUGACCAAUAGCAGCCUGGAAACGCAGCUGGAGGACGUGGAGAACUUGUUACCUGCCAUGAAACCUACGAGCCGACCAGCCGACACCUUCGACAACAUGGAUAACGUCCUCGCUGCAGAGAAGCCUCCCGACGCUCCGAGCCACGAGGUGGAAAGUGGCAACGUCUUCCUGAAGAAAGAUGACUUCCUGUUCGACCCCUUCGACCCGUGGAAAGGCCCUCAGGCUGAUGUGGUGAGCGAGAAUGACGUCUUCAUGUUCGGUGGGAGCACAGAUCCUCCGACCGUCACUGAAUUCCCAAAGAAGACGGUCGACCUGGAGCCAGCAGAGAAUAAUGGAAAUAUUGAAGAUGAGGGAUUCCUCCUCAAUAAUGCCUCUGCCACCGGAGAUGAAACCCCCCGAGGGGACCAUGUGGUCGCCCUCUUUCCAACAGAGAAACUUCAGUCAGGCUCUGAAGUCACACUGGACGAAGGCUCUGGCUCUGGUUUCUCUGGAGACAGCCAGGAAGUUGAUCUCUGGUCCUGGCAGCCAGUGGCAACCUCUGAUGGGACUGGCUUCUAUGAUGAGAGUGGCGGCAGGCUGGAGGUGCUACCGCCGCCUGAUCUGGAGGAGACUGAGGACGAAGAUGAGGAUGAGGAGGCCGUUGACAAAGAUGAUCUAAUAGGGGUGGAUGUUGAAUUUACCAAUGUUCACACUUUACAGACAACUACAGUUCCUGCUUUUGAGGAAUCAGUGCCUGACAGAGGCAAAGAGGAACCUUUCUUGGAUCAGGUUUUAGUAACGCCUCACAUUAGCACAGACCCUCGGUACUCAACUACCACUGAAGCACCCGUAUUCUUGCCCAAAGCGACCUUGACUGUUGAACUCUCAGUGCAAACAGUGGAGGCAUCUGGCAUCUAUGGUGACUACUCCUUGACUGGACCACAUACCCAUGCAGAGCCAGUCACAGAUUCUCCUGAAACUGAAGCUUGGACUCGCAAGGCCUCUGUUUUUGCAGCACCGACUAAUUUGGCAAUCAAGUUUCAAGAAACCACUGAGAAGGUAGAAGUCACUACUGAAGCAGGAAUAGAGAAUCCUGUGGUUACAGUUGGGUCUAAAUCAGAAGAGGUUCCUUGGGAGGAGGAGCUUGAAGUCAUUGUUGCAUCUGAAGUACCUAAAGUCACUAAUACUGACCCUUCUUCAACCAAAGAGACCCUUACCAUUGUAGAAGUCCAGACAGUCACAGUGAAAGACUCUAGUGUUGCUCCAACCACUGAAGACCCAACAGAACCAGAUUUAUUCACAGAAACAUCCAAACUGCUGCUGCCGGGAACAGAAGACCAUGUUGAAGUUGAGAUUUUAGAGGAGCAACACAUUGGCACCACUGAUUCAACGACAGCAACAGCUCCGGUGGGUGGCAUCCAAGAUGAGGAUCUGGUUAUUGAUGAAGUCAUGGUUGUCACCACAACUGCUGGUCUGGUUCUCACUUCAUCUGACCACAGCAGCAACAUUGCACUCUCACCUGAGAAAGACUCGCCGUUCACUCGGGUGUCGGACUCAGUGCCGGUGGAUGAGGAACUCGUUUACCACGAACACCCAAACCAUGAAGACGUCGAAGAAGUUCCAAUGAUCAAUCCAACAUUAAAUGUUCCUCUUUUGGUUGUAGUGAACAAAACAGAAAGUGCUCUGGGUGCCGUUGGUUUGCAAGGUGCUUCACUUCAGGAUGAAGACAUGGCUGCCAUUUUGACACAAACUUCAGAAAGUGAAUUAGGUCAGGUCCAAACAACAACUUCCUCACUUCAGGAAGUCAACAACACCAACCCCACCACUGAGCUCCAACCCUUCGAGUACAAUCUUUCCGACCUGCCAAACAUUGACGUCAGCUUCGAUGUGUUCCGGUAUGGAGGUGUGGCAACUGAAGGUGACAGCAGUGGCUUCUCUAGUGGGGCUCAGGGGUCAGACCUGGACAGUAUCGCAUUGCCAACCCGACCUGGCAAGGCCUUGACAGUGUUCUUCAGCCUCAGGGUGACCAACAUGGCGUUCUCCAUGGACCUCUUCAACAAGAGCUCUGCUGAGUACAAAGCUCUGGAGCAACGGUUCCUGCAGCUGCUGGUCCCGUACCUUCAGUCCAACCUGAACAACUUCAAGAACCUGGAGAUCCUCAACUUCAGGAAUGGCAGCAUCGUGGUGAACAGCAGGAUGAGGUUCGGUAAACCAGUUCCCAGAGGGGUCACCAACGUUGUUUACCUCAUCCUGGAGGACUUCGCCAACACCGCCCACCAGACCAUGAACCUGUCGAUUGACAAGUACUCUCUGGAUGUGGAAUCAGGUGACCGGGCAGAUCCCUGUAAAUUCCAGGCGUGUAAUGAGUUUUCCCGCUGUAUGGUGAACCGGUGGUCGGGCGAGGCCGAGUGUGUUUGUGACGCCGGAUAUCUGAGCGUGGACGGUCUGCCGUGUCAGAGCAUCUGCGAGGUGCAGACCAACUUCUGUCUCAAUGACGGCCAAUGUGACAUCAUCCCCGGCAAGGGCGCCAUCUGCAGGUGUCGAGUUGGAGAGAACUGGUGGUAUCGUGGCGAGCACUGCGAGGAGUAUGUUUCAGAGCCGCUGGUGGUGGGCAUCGCUAUCGCCUCGGUGGCCGGUUUCCUCAUGGUGGUGGCCGGGAUCAUCUUUUUCCUGGCAAGAUCGCUGCGAGAGCAGUACGACGAGGAGGACACCGAGGAUCCGCUACGACGAGGUGACAGUGUGCCGACUCUGGAGCGAGCCACUAAGUUAAACUCGAUGUUUGAGGGCGACCUGGUCACCGCACAGUACUGCCGUCACUACGACAAUGUCAUGCCACAGUACUACCGCCGCUGCGACCCGGACUCCCCCCAGUACAACAGCUCCGUCAGCACCGAUGGCCCCAAAGAUCUGAUCAACGACGAGAUACGACACAUUUACCAAAACACCACGCUCAGCAAAGAGGAGAUCCAGGAACGUCUGAGGAUCAUCGAGCUUUGUUCCAGAGAUCAACACUUUGCAGACUUUGUACGACAAACUCAAGUAUUCCUGGAGGGAGACAGAGGAGCGGAGGAAGCCAUCAUCGCACCACAUAAUGAAGUCCUGAACCGCCGGACCUCGGAGUCAGAGAAAGAGGGCGAAAACUAA